GUCACCGGAUUAAAAAAAUAACGUGUAAGUCCAUCGUAGUGUGAAAAUGAAGACCCUGGUCUUCGUGGUCCUCCUGGGAACAGGUCUACAUGUGGCGGUGGCAGGUCAGUUCACUUUAUUUUAAGUUUGAUGUUAAAAGACAAAACGCGUCGUUUCCUCAUAUAACUCAGUCCGCUCUGCACACACGAACUGAAGGUGCGUUUGAUUGUCUUUGAUGAUUAAUCACAGGACUUGCAGAGAAGACAAAUAGAAAUGAUAAAUGUAGAAAUGAAGAAGAAGAUUGUUUAUAAAACGUGACAAAACACUGAUCUUAAAGUUGAAGGUUGGAAACUCUGUCAGUAGUUACUGCGGCUCCCACCUUCAGUCCUCUCGACCUACUCGGUCCUUUACCCACACGUUUUCAUCGAGACAAGAUGAAACAUUUAUUUUUGUUUCUUCUCUUAUGUCACGUUUCAUCAGCAGUCAAACACUCCCUGAAGUAUUUCUACACUGCGUCUUCUGGACUCCCAAACAUCCCGGAGUUUGUUGCCGUCGGUUUUCUGGAUGAUGUUGUGGUGGGUUCCUGUGACUCCGACAGAAAGAGCCUAGUUGCCAGACAGGACUGGGUGAUAAAGUUAUUCCUCAACAAUCCUCAGUAUUUUGAGUUCUACAACCAAGUGUGUUUGGUAACUCUGCCCAACUUCUUUAAAGCCACGAUUCAUACAUUGACGCAGCGCUUCAACCAAAGUGGAGGUGUCCAUGUUUUACAGGUCAUGAGUGGCUGUGAGUGGGAUGAUGAGACUGGAGAAGUUAAUGGAUUUGACCAGUACGGUUAUGAUGGAGAAGACUUGAUAUCAUUUGACCUGAAGACGUUGACAUGGGUCGCUCUAAAACCACAAGCUGUCAGCAUCAAACUGAACUGGGAUGCUGAUAAAGCAAGAAUAAAACGCCUUGAGAAUGACCUCACUCAGAAUUACCCUCAGUGGUUGAAGACGUAUUUGACUUAUGGCAACAGCUCUCUGCUGAGAACAGAUCUUCCCUCAGUGUCUCUCCUCCAGAAGACUCCCUCCUCUCCAGUCAGCUGCCACGCUACAGGUUUCUACCCUGAGAGAGCCACACUCAGCUGGAGGAAAGAUGGAGAGGAGCUUCAUGAGGACGUGGAGCUCGGAGAGAUCCUCCCCAACCACGAUGGAACCUUCCAGAUGAGUGCUGAGCUGAAGCUUUCAUCAGUCACACCUGAAGACUGGAGCAGGUACACCUGUGUGUUUCAGCUCUCAGGUGUGAAGGAGAAGAUCGUCACCAAACUGGACAAAGCAGACAUCAGGACCAAUGAAGACUUCAGCUCAACAGAGGAGCCCAUUAACACGACUGUCAUCAUCGCGGUUGUUGUGGUGGUUCUCGCUCUCGUCCUCAUCGCUGCUGCUGUUGCUGUGUGGUUCCUGGUUUGCAAAAAGAAGGAAGCCAAAUGUCCUCCAUCUGACAGCUAUGAGCUCUCUGAGACACUGAACCAUCAGCCUGAAUAACAAACACAGCAGCUGAACACAGUGAGUGGCUUCAUAUGAGACAUGAACACAAACUGUGUGUCAAAGAACCUUCUGGAUUGUUUCUGCAGUCAAACUUCUGUGACGCUUUGUGAAGAAAAUCUUUCACCUGCAGGUGAUUUUUAGAUUUUUCAGUCCAAGCUUUAGUAAAACAGUGACAGCAGUUUAUUAAACUGGUGUUGAAGCAAAUGAAAAACAAACUGGACUUCAAUUAUUAUUAAAUAUUAACACUUAAAUGAGUGAGUGCUGGAUAUUUCAGAUCUAAAUGAUUCUGUAAAUGUGUGGCUGAACUCUCCAAACGUUUAUGGUGAAUUAUUUAGUUUUUCUUUUGGUCUCAUUUGGUUUUUGGAUAAACUUUGCGCUGCAACAAUCCAGACUGCGGUUGUCUGUCUGUGUUGGUCCUGGUGAUAAAAUGUCCUCCACCUGUCGUCCACUGCACACUGGGUUUGACUGCAGUCCUGUUCAGCUCAGGCUGAGCAGGACAGGAAGUGGACUCGUGGGGUUUUGUAUCACACUGCUGAAUUGUCUUGGUUUGUAUGUAACUAAUUUGACAAAUAUUCCCAUCUGGUUAUCAGCAAACAGCAGAAUAUCAGCAUCAGUAGAAAAUGUUCCAGUUGUGUGAAUAAAACUGGAAAAAGACCUCAUUUUGUUUUCAGCAGUACUGAAGUAUUGUUGUUAUGUAUAUUCUGUAAAUUAUUGUUUACUUAUGUACAUAUGUAAUAAAGGUGUGUGUGAAUUAAUGAGCCGUCUGUUACUGUUUGUUUUUCUUUCUUUUACAUUUUCAAUAGUUUUUAAUGUUUGAAAUACUAAUAAUGUUUAAACAUGAUCAUGUUUGAAUUUCAGCUGAGGUCCUUGAAGGUUUGUGUUUGAAGCUUCUCAGCACAAUCUUGUAAAAUCUGCUGCUGAUGUUUUCUCAGAAGUUGUACAGCAAAGUUCAAAAUGACUUUUUGUGUUGGGUGAAGGAGAUGAACGUCAAACUGAAUUGAUUUCAUUCCUUUUGUACUUUUGCUUUUCAUUAAAGUCCUCAGUGCUC